UAUUUCACUGUGAUACUUUGUCCCGUGUUUUCAUUUUAAACCAAUCAUAUAGUGAUCUAACACUUUGUCCCGCCUUCUGGCGUUGCUGAUUGGUUAGAUGAGUUUUGUGAGCAGCGGUGUAGGCUGAUACUGCACAGAUGGAGCAUGUUUCAUUGCAGCGACAGGUUUAAGAGAGACAAAGCUGGAUUAUAUUGAUGUUAUUGAGAUUUCUGGUGAACCAAGUUUCAUGUUUAUCUUGGUGAGUUUAUAUUCUGAGUUUGAUUAUGCUUUAAUAAUAUUGUUUAAAUGACUUGUUAUAGACUGUGCAUCAUAACUGUGGAUUCACAUUACAAAGUAAAGAUAAUUCAUUUUAAUGACUUCUUAUUUAGUUGAACUCUCAAAUUGUAUUUUUCUUUUGAUUAUAUAAAUCGUCUUCUGUUGGUUUUAGUUAUCAAAGGAGGAAAUAUUAAACUUGGAAGCAAAUGGUAUGGGCCGAAUGGGCCAAUGUUGGGAAUGUAUGUAUAUUAUUCCUUAGUUCUUAUGUAUGUGGAUGCAUGUUUUCUUUUCAUAUUUUCAUUUCACUGUAAAAAAAAAAAAAACUAGUGUGUUUUUUUUUUUUUUUUUUUUUUUUAAACUUAUUCAAUGUUCUGCAGCUCAGCAUAUAUUUAAGUCAUUAAUGGUCAUACAUACAGUAUUUCUCGGUUUAUUUGAAUGUGAUUAGGCCCAAUAGUAAUGUAAAUGAGGUUUAAAUGAAUGCUCUACAACUGUUUUGUACAAACACCUGUUUUGUAAAUGCAGGUCAGGUCUUUUGUAGAGGUGUUUGUUCAGCACAGAGAUUUGGAUGGUGAACCAGAUGGCGAGCCACCCAGUUUGAUGAGGAAUCUAUCGUAUCCAGGAGGAGACUUUUCCUUACAGGUUUUCCUUACAGAUCCAAUUUUGAGACCUAUCAAAGGAACUGCAGUGUUUGGUAUGACUGUUACCUACACAAGUCCAUCUCAAGUCUAUUUGGAAGGAUGUUGAGGACAAAGGAAUUCAAUUCUCAUAUUGACUAUUUUGAUACACACACUGAUAAACAUUCAAUUGUUUUUUUGCCGGCUAAUGUUUUGUAAUUUGUACUGUUUUGUUAGCUCACUAAAGUGAAUCUAUUUGUUGUGUUGCUUUGUCUUACUUGAACUCCAACGAACCUAGCAGCGGUGUAUUUUUCCCAUAGAUGGGUUACAUGUAUUUUUAUAAUCUGUGUUUGUGUUUAUAAUCAGUGUGUUGUGAUGUGUGUGAGUAUUGUGAUGUUUGUGUGUGUGAGUAUUUGUUCUCUUGUGCAUAAUUUUAAUGUCAGUUUAUAAAUAGAGCAGCCCCUAAGCUGCUGUUACUCAUUCUCUCGCCAUACAAGUCACACGAGGAAAGCGCGAGUGAGCCGCAUGCAAAGGCGAAACUGCAAAGAAAAGCAAAUAAGAUCCAUGAAAAGAAGGCAGAAGCAGAUAAGCAGCAUCAAAAGGUGGCAGUCCUGCGGAGUAAAGCGGGUGACUUGCUUGCAGAGAAGGUGAAGCUGCUGUGUGAUGUGGAUACGCAGCGUAUAGAAGAGGAGCGACUGCUAAGUACAGCGGAUACGCUGCGUUUAAAUGAGCAGCGGCUGCGGAAUGAAGGGGAAACUGCGUGAAGAUUUUGUGGUGCUGCGGUUUCAAGCGUGUAUGAAGAAGAAAAAGGAAGAACAGCUGCUGUGUAAAGUGGAUGAGCUGGAACAAAAGGAGAGGCAGCUGCGGAGUAAAGCAGAUGAGCUGCAUACAGAGGUAGUGCAACUGCAAAGUAAAGUGGGUGAUGUUCGUUAAGAGGUGGUGCAGCAGCGGAGUAAAGCGUUAAAGGUGGCGCUGCUGCGGGUUAGAGCAUAUAAGAAGCGUGUAGAGAAGGAGCAGCUGCUGUGUAAAGUGGAUGAGCUGGAACAAAAGGAGAGGCAGAUGUGGAGUAAAGCGGAUGAGCUGCAAAAAGAGAAGGAGCAGCUGCAAAGUAAAGUGAAUGAUGUGUGAAGAACAGACGCUGCUGCUGAGUGGUGCGAAUUUGCAGCGUGAAAAGUUGGCGAAGCUGCUGCUUAAAGUGAAUUCGCUGUGUGAAGAACAGGUGAAGCUGCAGCGUGAGAUAGAUGCGGAGCUUGAAAUUGAGGCGGCGCUGCAGAGUCAAGUGAAUGUCCUGUGUGAAAUGGAGGCGAAGCUGUGGCAUGAAACAGAUAAUCAGCAUAAACUGGAUCCGAAUCUGUGUCCUCAAGCGGCUGCGUGGCAAGAUAAACUUAGGCGGUGGUUGUUCUCGGCAUCCUGGUGGAUGUUGCUGGCAGCCACAUGUAUUUUAUACAUCAGUGUGAUCCUGGACGGCGAGGUCAACAUCCACAAGGCCGUGAAGAGCAAGGAUCCCUCCAUUAAAUGGCUGACCAUCUGCUGCGUCAUCUUAGAACUCACCAGCUUGAUGUGCUCUAUUUUAAUUGUGUUAAUAACAAGGCAAGGACCUAAACCGAAGCCCAGUGUCUUGGACCUUAAGAAAACAAACUGAUCCAAAGUGCUACUGAGACUAUGAGGACGCCCUCCUGUGUUCUCUGGAUGCGCUCGUCCACUGAGGCAUGGUUGGCUUGGUCUUCUGGAGGCGAGUUCUGCUGCAUAGCUGAGGACAGAGAAAGGAGAAAUAACUACAUCACGCCUCAUUCGUGGCCUGGAAAUUAUUCAGGCAGAAAAUGCAAUUUUUAUACAGUACAGUUGAAGUGUUUGACCUUUGACCUGCAGAUCACAAACAAUGCACACAUUGGUAGGAAACUGAAAUGAGGUGUAAGGAGUUUGUAAUCCUGCAGAGGUUAAACAAGUAAAAACAUACUUGAGUGUAGACCAGAGGUUUACGUGUAUUAUUGAGUGUGUACGCACUUUCGUCAGGGUUGGGAGCUGAGAGGA